AUGGCGGAGUGCCCGAAGCGACAUGGGCAGCGAAGCAGGCGCCAAGUCCUCGUUCUCCUUGGACUUGCGGGGACGUCCUUUGGUCCAAGCUUCGCGGGCGGCGGGCAAAAGCCCUUGAGAUGCCAGUCACAGCCGCUUCAGCCGCUUCAGCGGCGCGUCUCUCGAGAGGAGAUGCUGCUGAGCGGCGAGGGCGCCAAGGUGAUCGAGGCGCUUCCAACAGUCCGACAGGAGGAGCUUCCGUUGAACACAAGCAUCGCCUUGGCCGGCAUCGCUCUCUUCGGAUACAUGUCUUACCAGUUCUGGACGCGCAUCGCGUUCGGGAAGGCUUUCGGCACUGCCGAUCCGGUGGUCAUCCAGAAGCCGGAGGAGGUGUUUAAGGAGCUACAAGACCAGAGUAAGGGCAAGAGACAGCGUCCUGUAGGCAUAGAGGGGAAAGUCUCCAUCGGCAUGGAUGCAGACACAAACCGUGGGCGCAAAGUUCUGGGUCUUGAUGCGCUCAUCUUUGCAUAUCUGAUGUUUGCAUCUGCUUUCUUCAUGCUCCUGUUUGGAGCCGCUGCAGCAUAUUACCCCUUGCUCAGUGGCCAAGUUCAGAUGGAUAGGUAG